AAUGAAACAUCGACCAUAAUGCAGCUUGUGAAUCGUGGCCAUCGAAGCAGCAGCACGGUCAGUGCCGAUGAGCACCAGUUACCACCAACGACCGCGACGGAUAUUGCACUAAUGCGAUGGUCUUCGCGCGGAUUCACGGCCAUCCCGGUUGAGCCGGAUGAUACGGCUUCCACCAGUAGCGGUUCCUCGACCAUCGGUUCCCUUGUGGCAACGUCCCACAAUGGGUCGGCAUCGGCCGGUGUUACGAUCCCCAGUGCACCGUCUGCCAGCGCUGUUGGGGUACGAACCAUCGACUACCUGACCCUCGAUACAGCUACCGGCCAGUGUGGAGGGAGCGAUAUGGCAACGGAUGCUAGCGGCUGGCGACGGAUGAUGCCCCAACAAGCCCAUCAGAAAGGGCAACGGCGAACGAAACAGCAUCGCCAUACCAAUGCUACGUCAUCUUCGGCCUCUGCUUCGAUACAACCAUCGAGCGCGUCGUCUACCUCCUGUCUGCGUGACUGUCUGCUGUGUCGCUGCUGUCGAAGUGCGAACAUGGACGAGCAGAAGGAAGCCAGCGAUCAGGAGGAAGGCAAUUAUGAGUACUGUGAGCUGGAGGAGAUCGUGUCCCCGCCGAAGUACCGACCGGAAUCGAUAGCUGCCCUGUGCGAGGCGACCCGAUUUACUGAGGCAGAAAUCAAGCGGAUCUACCGUGGCUUCAAGGCUGAAUGUCCGGCCGGCAUCAUACGCGAGGAAACGUUCAAGUUCAUCUACUCCCAGUUUUUCCCGCAAGGAGCCAAUACAGGUUUAUAUGCACACUACGUGUUCAACACUUUAGACAAGGAGCAUACAGGCAUACUAAGCUUUGAGAACUUUGUCCAGGGACUUUCGAUACUGUCGCGGGGCACACUAGAGGAGAAGCUGUGCUGGACCUUUUCGCUGUACGACAUUAAUCACGACGGUAAGAUUACGCGCGAAGAAAUGACGGAUAUCGUGACGGCCAUCUACGAGCUGAUGGGUGCCCGGGACGAUGGUGGUACGGAUGAGGUUAACAUUAAAAACAAGGUGGAUACAAUUUUCCAGAAGAUGGACACCAAUCGAGAUGGUGUGAUCACGAUCGAAGAGUUUCUCGACUGCUGCCGGAAGGAUCAGCUCAUCUCCAGCUCGAUGGGUGUGUUUGACUCGACCAUAUGA